AUGGACAGGCCUGCCUCCGACUACGCGCAGCCAGGUUUGAGCCCUCAAUACCCAAGUCUCCCGGAGGCACAGUCUGAACAAUCAACCGCAGAUCAGGCAACUGUUUCUGCUGCCGUCGCGUCCCCUACCCAAACCGAAGCUCGUCGAACGCCUCAGUCGCAGUACUCGGCACCUCCAGAACCUCGAUCGGGCGGUAUCUCGGCCUCGAACACUCCUCAACCAGACUACAACUUGCACCAGAGCUCUUCCCAUCCACCUCCGCCUCCGGCCGCCGCGCGCCCGUCUCCCUACCCUGAAUACCUGACGCGCCAGCCCCAGUACCACCACGCUCCUCAUACCCAAGCCGGCGGGCCGCCAGGUAUGGCUCAAGCAACAAGUCCGUCCAUGAACCCGCAAGAUGGGCAACAGAGUGACCAUCGAAGUCCCGCGCAAGUAAAGUCUGACACCGAGGUUCCUAUAGAUCCCUCGAUUGCAGCCUCGAGCCCGUCCUACCCUCCACCAUAUUCUCCCUACGCCCUCAGGGUCACGACAUGGCGCAAUAUCAGAGUCAUCCGCCGCAGAUGUACGCCCGUCCAGACUGGCCACACCAGUAUGGUGCUCAUCAACCUGGAAUGCCAGGCCCUUAUAGUUCCCCGGCUUCGAUCCCAGGUUUUCUCUUUUGUGCCUAUCCCCGGCUCUCAACAACACAAACGGCCCAGACGACGAUAUGAAGAAAUUGAGAGAAUGUAUAAGUGUGGCUGGAAUGGCUGUGAAAAGGCCUAUGGCACACUAAACCAUCUUAAUGCACACGUCACAAUGCAGUCACACGGCGCUAAGAGAUCUCCAGAUGAAUUCAAGGAGAUCCGUAAGGAGUGGAAAGCUCGCAAGAAGGAGGAAGACAACCAGCGCAAGGCCGCUGAGGAGAGAGAACGAGCUGCGGCUCAAGCCAACCAGGUUGAUAGCAAUGGUGCUCCAAGCGGUAGCGGCCAACCCAGCCAACCAACUACUUCCUAUGCUGCCGGUGUUCGGCCUCAGCUGCCGCCAAUAGGCUACCAGCCAGCAGAUGGUCAAGUGCCAGGUCAGUAUGGUGCUUCUCCUGGUGGUUUGGUCUAUCCAGCUGGCAACGGCCAGAUGCCAGCUACCUACUCUCCAAGCUACCCCCAUUCUCCUUAUGGUCAGGGCAACCAGGUCUACCCACAACCACCGCGUGAGUGA